AUGAUUGGAGACCCAGAGUUCGUCAUUCUCAAAUAUCAGUCAUGGCUCGAUACCGCGAAAUUCGAGAACAAGAUUUUUGGGUCGAUUGUUAAGGAGUAUCUGAGACCGACGAACAACUAUGUACCUGAUUCGCCCCUACAAUACAACUCGCACGACUUCCAGGAAGGAACGGUGACCGACUUUGUGCUCGCUAACACUGGAGCGAAAAGUCACGAAGGGAACGCGACUCUCGAAUCCGUCGCUGGCUUAUCAUUCAAAGGCAGCACCGAAAGUAGCGUGGAGCUAAACGGCAAGCUCAUUCGAUACAAGCGGCUGCAGCAACAUGACCAGUUUUGGAGCAAGCUCAAAGCUGAUCGAGAUGUCAAAGCGAUCGUUCCUCGGUGGACGUCGCGUUAUCGCGCGCCAGUGUGUCUUGUGGUAGGCAUCAUGAUCUGCGAAGAGGUGGAACUCUUAUUCGACGAGAAGCAAGCGCAGGAACGCGAGGUCAAGGGACAACUGCCUAUCGGAAAAAUCACCCUCGCGGCAGGUGUGCCAAAUCCUACCGGCAGUACAGGAGAUCCGCAGAUUGGGUUCAACACGAAUCGCCAAGUUGUUAACAUGUUCAAGGGUGAGAUCAACGAGAGUCGCAUAUUUGCCCUAGAGCUCAAGAAGAUUACGACUGUGGGAUGGAUUCAGAAGGAUCUAAAACUGAGGAGCCAGGGCCCUGAUGUAGAUUCUACAAGACUCGCUGCUGGAGAGUCGGAUGAAGAGGACGAGGAUGACGAGCGACUGAAGAUUGAGGAGUUUGUUCUUGGCGAACUCAGUGCUGAAGAUUAUGGUAAGCUUUGA